AAAGCGCCAAGUCAGGUCUCUUGCAUGGCGUAUCAGCGAUCACUAGUAUCGUUACUUGCUAUGCUUGUCCUGUACCUGCGCUUCUCUCUUUCGUACAGACUUUCCAGCACGUCAUUCAGGUUGCAACGUCCGUCCUCGUCUUGUCUUCGCCCUUUCAGCAUCCGGCCUCAUGGAGCAAAACCGAUCUUCGGGAGAGGGAAAAGGCACACUGAUUUGAUAAGAAUGCAAGGCUUGUCUCCUCUGUUGUCUGACAUGGAGAAGAGAGCUUCGUUUGACAAGACCCACCCAAGAUGGAAGAAGCAUACAAAGCAGAUAGCCACAGUAGGGCCCGCUAGCAGCUCCAUAGAGAUGCUCGAAUCGCUUUUCCUUGCUGGAGUGGAUGUGUUUCGUCUCAACUUCUCCCAUGGAUCCCACGAGGAGAAAGCCAAGAUCGUGAAGUUAAUCAGAGAGCUCGAGAAGAAGUUCGAUCAUCCAAUCGGAAUCCUUGCAGACUUGCAAGGCCCAAAGCUGAGGAUCGGCAAGUUCAAAGAAGGCGCUAUCGUCCUUGAAAGGGGACAGAGAUUCGUGUUUGACAUGCAGGUCGAGGAGCUGGGCGAUGAGCAGAGAGUUUCCCUUCCUCAUCCAGAAAUCAUCUCCACCCUGCGUGAGGGCGACAUCCUCUUGCUCGACGACGGCAAGCUGAGGCUCAGAGUUCUUUCCUCCCCUUCCUCCCCUUCUUCUACUUCCUCCCCUUCCCCGGAGCGGGUAGAGUGUGAGGUGUUGGUCGGAGGACGGCUAUCAGACCGCAAGGGAGUAAACACUCCCUCCAUCGUCCUCCCCAUCUCCCCCCUCACCGCCAAGGACAGGAGCGACCUCGUGGCUGCUCUUGACAUGAACGUGGACUGGGUGGCGCUGAGCUUCGUCCAGAGGGCAGAGGACAUGCACGAGCUGCGAGGCCUCGUGGGGAGCAGAGCAAGCAUCAUGGCCAAGAUAGAGAAGCCAGCGGCAGUGCAGAGCCUCUCGGACGUCGUGGCCGCCUCUGACGCAUGCAUGGUAGCACGGGGGGACCUUGGGGUGGAGUGUGCGCCGGAGGAGGUGCCCAUCAUUCAGAGGAAGAUCAUCGACGAGUGCAGGAGGAUGGGCAGGCCGGUGGUGGUGGCGACUCAGAUGCUGGAAUCCAUGAUCGAACACCCCGUGCCUACCCGAGCAGAGGCGAGCGAUGUCGCGACCGCGGUCUUCGAUGGUGCAGAUGCCGUUAUGCUCUCUGCAGAGAGCGCUUCAGGCAAAUAUCCUAUCGAGAGCGUCCAGAUGCAGCAGCGAGUCAUCGACCGGGUGGAAGAGAGCGAGCAUUACUUCUCCAUGGUGAAAUCACGCGUCUCAGCUGAUAUCUCCCGGGACCACUUGGCAUAUGAUGCCAUCUCUCAAGCUGCAAGCUCCCUCGCCCUUGAAAUGCAGGCGCAGGCUGUCAUCUGCUUCACCUCAACAGGAGGAACGGUCUCACGGGCAUCAAGGAUGAGAAUGACUGUACCCAUCGUCGCUCUGACCCCGAGGAUUCGCAUAGCUAGGAGGAUGAGCCUUUUCUGGGGAGUCUACCCCACCUUCAUGACCAUGGAGCCUAACGACACGUUCGACAACAUGCUCAAGCGUGCCUGCCGUCUUGCUGAGAUCCAAGGAUUUGCCACUGACCCCAAGGAUCUCUUCAUAGUCACAGCGGGACUUCCUUUCGGACAAAAAGGAGCUGCUAAUGUUGUUCGCAUCCUGCCAGCCUCCGGGCCGCAGGCAUGGAUCGAUCCGUCCAGCGACUCUCACACUGAGUGGAGCAGCUCGUCAAGCGAGACAGACUGAUGGCCGCCGAGCUUGUCAGGCCGUCAGUAGCCGUCAGAGGUGGUGUGGUGGAGUAUGAUUUGGGUGAUGAAGGGAUCAUCAGGAGGGAGGGUGGUGAGUUUGUUGCUCUUGUGUUCAUGCUCGAUUUUAGCUAAAUCUACAAGAGAG